AUGCCGACAGUCGAAGCAAUAAUGAGCUCGAUUAUGCUCCGAUACUUCACCUUGAUCCACGAGCGAGACGGGUCUACCUACAGCACGGCCGGCAGCUCGGAUGGCGACAUGCUCUACCGCGCCAUUGCAAGGCAAGAGAUUGGGGAUCCGACUGAAGAGCAGGCCAUCAAGGAAGCUGUCCUUUACUGGGUUCUCCACGUGCGAUCAAACCGAGAGCAUCCUCAACGCGACUGGUACUUUGCAUGCGAGCAGUCCUUUUAUAAGGCCACACGCAGCGAGCUGUUCUCGGCACUUCACGGCCCCGAUCUUGCUGGCAGGCUUCCGGAGGUUGUCGAGGUCAUAGGACAAGCCCUCAAUAUCCAGCUGACGGUUGUCAACAACUACACUGCGACUGGCAAGGCGUCCGGCUUCGUCUACUGCGGUGGCUCCAUGGGUGGCACUCCAUGUCUCGUGCUUCAGCGUCCUUCUCUUAGCCGGAAUAGCUUUCUGUACUCGUCUUUGAUACCCGACACCUCUGGAAAGGCACUUGUGGAACGCCUCCAGAUGCUAAAGGCGGAGAAUCAUGGCGGACUACACAUGCGGCAGAUUGGCUGGGCUCAUGCUGAAGACGAGGCUGGAGUCCCUAGCUUCGCGCAGUACAACGAGUGGCGAUUUCAAUCGCCGUUCGCGCCUCUAAGCUUAAGGAACCCUCUGAACCGGCUUGACGUCUUCAAAGUCGUGGUCAAUUUUCCGAGACAGAUUCGCCCUGCAAUCGAGCUUUUGAAACACGUCCUGGACUUGGCACCAAACCAGCGGGAGAGAGCUAAGGUGACACCAAUGUGUACAGUACACAAGGAUUCAUGA